CUCGUGUGCUAAUUAUUGUUGCUGCUAAGGCAUUACUGUUAAGUUACAACUAUUAGUGAGGGAUAUGGGCCAACUCUGUAAGGGCCAGCCCCCACCAUGCUGUCAAGGAGCUCGUACUUUUGGAACGCAGUUAACUGAUUCAAGGUGCUAACUGCAUAAACUUUUUCACUGAAGGCAAUCGGUCAUAAUCAGUGAACAGCAGGUCAAAAUUUUUUAUUGGAAGGAUUUCUCGGGGUAGAACCGACUAACUGGAACGUACGUACACAGGGCAGGAUCAGCUAGAUUUGCCACUGUUCUGCCUGGGAACCUCGCACAUGCGCGCGCAGAGAUCAGCCUCUCCCCCGGCGGCGGCGGCACGGUGGACAUGUCCCACGUAGAGUGCAAGGACCCGGAGCCACAGCCCUUCUGGGACAGCAAGGAGCAGCAGCACGGCGAGGAGAGCCACGAGGAGGAAACUGGUCGGGGGUCAUCUAGUGCCAACCGUCAGCUGAUGAUGCUGGAAGGGAAGUCAGGACCCUACUUUUCCUCUCUGGACUUGAGCAUCAACACCCUGAAGAAGAGGGCUCAGGAGCUGAUUGAAAACAUCAACGAGGGCAGGCAGAAAGACUACACAUUCAUGACCAACUUCAAGGACAGCCUCAAGAUCAAGGUUUCGGACCUGACAGAGAAGGUAGAGGAAAGGAUGAAUCUGACUUAUGAUUCCCACAACAGUAUCAUUCAGGAAAAGCUCAAAGAGUUCACCCAGAAAAUGGCAAAUAUCAGCCAUUUGGAAACAGAGCUCAAACAAGUGUGCUACACUGUGGAGUCGGUGUACAAAGACCUGUGUGUCCAGCCUGAGGCCACUACUUUGGAAGAAGAACAGAGCCACAAGGACAGCGAGUGCUGAUGGCUUCCCAAAAAGUGCCCUCUGUGACAGCCACCAAGAGAAGGCUCAGAGGCCACCAUUUGGACACUGCUGAGAAAAUUAUUUUGCACAGUUCUGUAAUGCAUCUUGGAAAAAGAAAAAAGUCCUGGGGGUGGAUCUAAAACUUCAGCAGGUCCGGCCCUGCUGCCAAGGGCCCAGCUUUGGCACUGCCCACAUUCGGUAAAUUCACCCCACCCUAGGUCCACACAGUUGAUUAAACGUUUGAUUUUCAACCCA